UCUGGACUCAAAGUCACAGUCACACUGUGUGUAUUGCAGAUGUUGAUGUCAGGGUAUGUAAGCAGCUUUUGCAGGGGUACAACUGACAUCUAAAAAUACGAAUUUCAGAUGGCUGAGUCUGAGGAGAACAUGGAGGACACCAUAGAGUACUUCUAUUACCCUGAAGCUGAAUGUGACCCCCCUGACUUUGAGGAUGUUAUGACUGCACAAGAACAACCAGUGAAUGAAGUGCCAGAGAAUGAAGUUCUGAUUCCCAGCCAUGACACAGAUUGCGUUUUUUUUAUUGAUUUAGCCAAUAAGCAUCUGCAAACCAUCGCACCAGAGCUCUUCAGUCUAGAGAAUCUGGAAGAGCUGCACAUGGAGAAGAACCUGAUAGAAAACAUCCCCAAAGAAAUAAAACUCCUGAAGAACAUGAAGGUUCUCUACUUGGACCACAAUCACAUACAGGACGUAUGUGAAGAGCUGGGGACACUGAAAAGUAUGCUGAGCUUAGAUUUAAGUAACAACCCACUCUCUUACAGUUCUCUGCUGGUUAUCAGCAACCUGCACUCCCUUCGUCAGCUCAGGCUCUAUCAAAUAAACUUGAAUGAAAUCCCAGUGGAGCUCUGCAAAUACCUCUUUCACAUAGAACUUCUUGGCCUUUCUGACAAUAAUCUGCAGUGCCUGCCAAAAGAAACAGCGAACCUGAAAAAACUCAAGGAAAUUUACCUCAGAAACAAUAGAUUUGAAAAUUUUCCCAUCGAGCUUAGUAAAAUUGUUAGUUUAGAAAUAAUAGACCUGGAACAAAAUCUAAUCAGUCACAUCCCAGAAGAGAUAGGCUCAUUGACAAACUUAGUUAAGCUAUUCUUAGCUUUUAAUAACUUAUCCUCCAUUCCUCCUACGCUGCAGUGCUGCCAGAAGCUGGCGGUGCUGGAUCUGUCUCAUAAUCCCCUGCGCAAGUUUCCCUCAGUUUUGAAGAAUCUCACUAAAAAGAGAAAACUUGGUCUGUCUGGUGACAGCCUGGAGGAGCUCCCAGCCCAGACAGAUUCCUGGACAUCACUUACCCAUGUUUAUCUGAGGAACACCGGGCUGCGCAGAGUACACAGAUCCUUCACCACGAUAACCAGUAUCAGGGUCCUCGACCUGAGGGAAAAUCGCUUUGAUGAAAUUCCCAAAGGAAUCUGCUCCAUGAGAAACCUGGAAACAUUGAACCUGGAUGACAAUCAAAUACAGGAGAUACCAGCAGAAAUACAGGAACUGACAAAUUUAAAAUGCCUCGGCCUGUCCAAAAAUCAGUUCAGUAACUUCCCAAUGGAAAUCUUCCUCGUGGAGUCAUUAGAGAAAUUAUAUCUGGGACAGAAUAAAGGAAUUCAACUGACAAGUCUGCCAAAAGAUAUCAUCAACUUAAAGAAUCUGAAAGAACUGCAUAUAGAGGAUAACUAUCUGGAGUACCUGCCCCCAAGAUUUGGCUCACUGACACACUUGACAGUACUCAACUGUCAGAACAAUCUCCUUAAGAAGCUCCCAAAGACUCUAAGCCAAAUGCAAGGUUUGCAGAAACUGCUCCUUCAGAACAAUCAGCUGUCCGAGCUGCCUGAGGAUCUGGCCAGACUGCAGCAGCUGCAGGUGAUCCUUGUGGAUGGGAACCCUAUGUCAGACCCUCCCAUUGAAGUGUACUGCCAAGGGACUUCUGCUAUCCUACAGUACUUAGAGCAAAAAGCUCUUAAAAAAGCCAAGUCUGCAAAGAUCCGAAAUAUGUGGCGUGGGCUGCUUAAGCAUGAUUUGAAACCUUUGAUGGAAUUAAAUAGCAAGGAAAACAAAGGAAAGAAAGGAAAAGAAAAGGGGAAACAGAAGUCUGGACAAGAAUCAAAAGCCAAAAAGUGAUUUUUGUGCAGUAAGCUGAACAGAACCCUCCUCAGCUGCAAGAAAAGCCAGUGUGAGCAAAGAGAAGUGAGUACAAAACAAACAGCAUUAAAGCAUUCGGAUCAGUGAA